ACACGGGACGGUUGUAACACCUUGAAUUUCUCCAAUCACAAGCAAGCUUGAGCGCCAUCACUCACUCGGCGCAUGCCCAAUUCAGGUCUCUGUCUGACUGUGGAAGAUGAGCUGUCUGUGUCAAAGCUUUGAGAUUGUAUCUACAAAAACGGAUUUUCGACCUAGUAGAGUACAAUUUUAUUUUUGUGAUUUACACCUGUGUUACCCAAACGUAUGGAUCCAGGCAUUCAGCAUUCCCAUCCCUGAUCUCUCUACUUAUAAUUGACACAAUUGAUUGUUUUUUAGUUUUUUUUUUUUUUUAGUUUUGCUGUUUCCUGCUGGAACAUGAGGUUUAGUAAUGGCUCCCCAAACACCAUUAUGACCCUUGCACAUGACUCUUGCACUGAAGGAAACAAAAUGUUCAUCUAACACAAUUGUGACUCAGAGUGACACAGUCUUGCUUGAUAUGGAAGAAGUGACUCUUCUGUUCCAUUGCUCUGCAACCCUUUUGAGGGUUUCAUGUCACAGCAUCCCGGUGAUCUCCGUACUGCAUCAUUAGAAAAUGAAACUUUGACAGCAUUUGCGAACAGAAAUCUUUCUCAGUGCGUUCAAUGUUCUUAAGAUCAUGUAAAAAGUUUGCUGCUCAAGACCAACUGAAGACCAACACUUUCCUAAAAAAAAAAAAAAAAAAAAAAAAAAAAAAAGGCUCAUGACAGAAUCACACUUUGGUGAAGACGCUGACACACUGUCGUUUUACACCGCUUUCUAAUUGUGAGUCAUCUUGACAAAUCGGGCUGCGGGGUAUCAUUUGGGUUUAUCAGCGUGAUAGUGCUUUAUUAACAUAAAACAACUUUCAGACUUUCAUAAAUAAAGUAGUUUGGUAGCCGUGUCGUUGCAAGUCAGUUUUGGGUCAGAUAGCAUUCGAUUCAUGUUAUAGGACAGAGCCCACGGCUCUCUUGGGAAAACGCGCUCACAGAUCUUGUCGGGGGUUGCGCAAUUGUCACACGAGGGGGUGUUAAACGAGCAGAUGCAUGUCACUUUGCUCAUACCUUCCCUCUAGAAAGGGGACCGCACACGACCGGACUUCAGCUGCGGCGCAUCACACACAUAGCACUUUGAAUCGCUGGAUUUACAAACACAACAGUUUCAGACUGAUCUUGCAAGUCUUCAGACUAAAUAACUACCGGCUAAGAAGAAAGGACUGUUUUACUUUUUGAAUUCUCUAAAAGAUCUGGGAUUGCUUGCCGAACACAUCCUUCUAUUAACGUGGAAUACAGUCUGUGUAUGAUUUUGGUAACUGUUUUACUUGCUGCUAUAAACUGCACUUAAGGAAGUGUUGCGUUUUCUAAGACUUCACUGUUCUAAACAUUUGAACAAAGGUUUCCGAUGUAUGACGGGGUUUUUGUUACACUGACUCUGCGUACAAGUACAGUACCAUUGCUCCAGUAACCAAAUAAUGCAACAAUAGCUGCACUUGAAAACUUUUUCAAGAACACUUUUCUCAAGGUUUUUUUUUUUUUUUUUUUUUUAAUUAACUAUUUUUUCCUAUCGAAUUAUUUAAAAAUAUUUUACUUAUAUAAAAAAUGUCUAACUGUCCAAAAAACAUUGACUCUACUUUCCAAGAAAAGUUUUUGCCUCCGCUAUUCGGGGUGGAGUUUUGCGUGGCAUUUUUGGGCAACAGCCUGGCUAUAUGGCUUUUGCUCACCCGAGAAAGAAGAAACUGGCACACAGGAAUCGUCUUUGUCUUUAACCUGGCUGUUUGCGACGUCCUCUACGUGCUGUCCUUGCCCCUGUUAAUCCUUUACUACAAGAACGACAAGAACUGGAUCUUCGGCGACGCGCUCUGUCGGGCAGAACGGUUCCUGUUUACCUGCAAUUUAUACGGGAGCAUCUUUUUCAUCACCUGCAUCAGUCUGAACCGCUACGUCGGGGUCGUGCACCCGUUUUUCAUGCGCAGCUACGUGCAACCCAAGCACGCAAAGGUGGUCAGCCUCGCUGUGUGGGUCUUGGUGAUCGGCAUUUCUUCACCCGUGUUUCAUUUUUCGAUGACGGAGGAGAGGGGAAACAAAACAGAGUGUCUGGGAAGCGCGACGCAUGAUAAAAUCACAGAGUACUUUCCCUAUAGCUUGUUCAUGGCCUCCUUCGGCUGCGCGUUGCCGUUUUUGGCGACUUUCGCUUCCUAUUUUGCCAUCCUCGUAGUGGUUUGGAAAAACGACAACAUUACACAUGCAGAGAAAAUAAAAAUAGGGGAAUUGAUUUUUACUGUCAUUCUGCUGUACGUGAUGUCCUUCAUCCCCUACCACGUUCUUCGUAAUGUUAACCUGUUUAACAGAGAUAGUUGCACCCACGCCCCCAACAUUGCAAUCUACAAUGGCUACCAAAUUAGCAAGGUGCUGGUUACUUUCAACAUGUGCAUCCAUCCGCUGCUCUACGUGUCGGUUUUCGAUAGCAUGAGGGCUCUUUGUGGAUUGCCCACCUCUAACGAUUCAAGAGACACCCGGUACGAGACGUUGCAAACUGC